CGAGAAGCGUUUUUGUUGUCCCCGUUCCCCGGCGCUCUUCCCGGCGCCCCCCGCGCCAUGGCGGCGCCCGCCCGCGGCGGGGAGGGGGGCCCAAGAUGGCGCGCGCCCGCGUGAGGGGGGAGGCGGCGUCCGAGCCGCUCCUUUCAUUGUGGUGUCUGAGGGCCGCGGCCGCGCCGAGGGGGUAGAGAUUAAAAAAAAAAAAACCAGCCCGAUCGUCCCCUCUGCCGCCGUUCCCCUCGCAGCGGCCCGGCCGUGACGCCGCGGCCCCGCCCCGGGCGGUGCGCGGGGCUGGCUGAGGGGCGGCGGGGCCAUGGCGGAGGAGCGCGGUCCCUGCGAGCCCGGCCGCCUCACGGCGCCGGCGGACGGGGCUGGAGAUGGCGCCGAGCCGGAGAGCCGGGCCGGGGGAGACCCCGCCGAGAGCCCCGACGUGUACAGAUACAUCAAGGGAGACCUGUUCACCUCCGAGAUCUACAAAGUGGAGAUACAGAACCUGCCCAAGUACAUCGGCUUUAACGACGUGAAAAAGUUCCUCGCCAAGUACGGGCUCAGCCCGCACAAGAUCAAACUGUUCGGGAAGCAGACGUUCUCCUUCGUGACGUUCAAGAGCGAGGAGGAGCGGGACAAGGCCGUGCGGGUGCUGCAGGGCGCGCUCUGGAAGAGCCGCCGGCUCAGCGUGCGCCUGGCCAAGCCCAAAGCCGACCCCAUCGCCAAGAAGCGGCGGCAGGAGGAGGACGCGGAGCCGGGGGAGGCGAAGCGCGCGGCCCCCCCGGGGGACGAGCCCCCGAGCAAGCGGAUCGCGGACGUGGUGACCCCGCUCUGGAACGUGCCCUACGAGGAGCAGCUGGCGCAGAAGCUGCAGGAGUGCGAGCAAGUGCUGCAGAAGCUGACAAAGGAAAUAGGAAAUAACAACAGAGCUUUAUUACCUUGGUUGUUCCUGCAGAAGCAGAAGUUUAAUAAAUUAUGUUGCCCGGUGGAGGGAGUGAAAGCUUCACCAUUACAGACCGAAUAUCGCAACAAAUGUGAGUUCUUGAUUGGGAUUGGUGUAAAUCAAGAAGACAAAACUGUGGGUUGUCGUCUUGGCAAAUAUAAGGGUGGUACAUGUGCUGUAGUGGAGCCAUUUGAUACUGUUCACAUUCCUGCUAUUGCCAAAAAAGUAGUAAAAGCUUUCCAAGACUUCAUAAGGUCAACCCCCUACUCAGUUUACAGCCCCGAGACCUACGAGGGGCACUGGAAGCAGCUCACUGUGCGCUCCAGCAGGAGCGGCCACGUCAUGGCCAUCGCCUACUUCAACCCCCAGAAAUUAAGUAAAGAAGAGCUGGCUGACCUGAAAAGCUCUCUGGCAAAAUACUUCACAGAAGGGCUGGGACGGAGCAGUGGUGUCACCUCUCUGUACUUUGUGGAGGAAGGACAGAGGAAAUCUCCCAACCUCGAAGACUUGCCUUUGGAGCAUGUGGCUGGUGACAAGUACAUAUAUGAAGAACUUCUUGGCCUAAAAUUUAGAAUUUCUCCUCAUGCAUUUUUUCAAGUGAACACGGCGGCUGCAGAGGUUCUGUACGAGGCCAUCGGGGACUGGGCGCAGCUGAGCCCCGACAGCACCGUGCUGGACAUCUGCUGUGGCACAGGGACCAUCGGCAUCUCCCUGGCCAAGAAAGUGAAGAAGGUGAUUGGAAUUGAACUGUGCCAAGAAGCUGUGCAGGAUGCCAAAGCCAAUGCCCAGAUCAAUGAGCUGAACAAUAUUGAAUUUUACUGUGGGAAGGCAGAAGAUGUUGUCCCUUCCCUGAUGAACAUCUUGGCCCCUCAGAACCUGGUCACUAUUGUGGAUCCCCCCCGAGCAGGGCUGCAUUCCAAGGUAAUUCUUGCCAUUAGAAGAGCUGAACAUCUGAAGAAGCUCAUUUAUGUCUCCUGCAAUCCCAGAGCUGCGAUGAACAACUUCGUAGACCUCUGCCGGGCCCCGUCCAACAGGGUGAAGGGAGCCUCGUUCCGCCCGGUGCGAGCCAUGGCCGUGGAUCUGUUCCCCCAGACCCGGCACUGUGAGUUACUGCUCUGCUUCGAGCGCCUGCAAUUCACCAACGGGAGCUCUGCAGCUGCUCAGCCCACGGCAGGAGGGGUCCCCUCGGACACAGCAGGGAGCGAGGCAGCUGCUGCCCAUGGAGACACUGCAGGCCAGGCCAGGGAGUCACCCUGACUCAGAGACACUGCAAAACCACUGCCUUGCCAGCUGCGUCCGUAACAUCGUGUCUGUAACAUCCAGGGAAUAAAUCUCUGUACAGCAGAGGAGGUGCAAGGCUUCGAGUUCUUUCCUCAUACUCAUGAAUUAAAUUUCAUUAUUGUAGAACCACA